GCGGGGAGCGGCAAUUGUGAGCGGCAGCGCUUACAUAGACAGCCGGAGUUCAUUUAUUAAACUGGUAUUGAUCAAUAUCGAUACUAACAUUAUUACUGAUAUUAUCAAUACUUGGACCGAUCCGCCCACCACUAUAGUGACUCCCGGUGUGACAGUCGGUGCGUCACUAGUGAGAACAGGAAAGUCCACCAGUUGCCUCCCCGCUUCCGUAGUUGUUUUUUGUCUUUGCACGGCGUAUACUAGUUAAUUUAUUUUAAAAGAUGUAUCGUAAGCCAUAAAAAUGCAAAAAACAUUCACUGCACUGUUUUUAGUAACGGCCGUUUUCGUUAACGUAAAUGCAUUUGAACCAUUUACAGAAGCGAGAAAGGUUUUGGCAGAAAUUGUAAAAUUAGGGAAGACUACAUACAGUUUUUUUCAAGAAUCAUGCGAUGACUCGUGGAUUGAUUUUAAUUCAACGGGGCUCCAAGUCGACCUUGAACAGAAGUUCUUCGGGCAGCACAUAGCGUCAAAGGUUUUACUGAAGGCAAUUACCGACUUUGCAAACAACAAGACUCCAAAAAAGCCUCUUGUCCUUUCACUCCAUGGAUUGACGGGAACUGGGAAGAGCUUCGUCAGUCAACUCCUAGCCUCCAAUAUCUACAAAAAAGGGAUGUCCAGCAGCUUUGUGCACCAGUUCGUGGCCACUGUUCACUUUCCAUAUUCAAGUGAAAUUGACAUCUACAAAACCCAACUGCAGCAGUGGAUCAAAGGGAAUGUGUCCAGUUGUGCUCGCUCUAUGUUUAUAUUUGAUGAAAUAGACAAGAUGCCCCCUGGACUUAUUGACAGUAUUAAGCCAUUCCUGGAUUACUAUGACAACCAGGAUGGUGUGUCCUAUCGACGCACUAUUUUCAUUUUUCUUAGUCAUGCAGGUGGAGAGAGAAUUAAGCAGGUUGCCUUCGAAUUCUGGGAAAAUGGAAAAGAUCGGGAAGAAAUUCAACUGUCAGACCUAGAAGAAAAGGUGCCUCUUGAGGUGUUCAACAACAAGUACAGUGGGUUGUGGCACACCAGCCUGAUUGAUAAAUACCUGAUUGACUUCUUCAUCCCAUUCCUACCUCUGGAAUACAGACACGUCCGCUUGUGUGCCCUGGCAGAGAUGGCCAUUCGGAACAUGGAACCUGAUGAAGACAUUGCAGAUAAAGUAGCUAAAGACAUGAUGUACAGCCCACAAGAGGAGAGGGUAUUCUCCUCUAAGGGCUGCAAAAAAAUUGCAAGCAAGCUGGUGUACUACAAGUAGGGCAGUUGGCUAUAAAGACAAAAAGACUAGAGUAAUGAUAUGAGUUUACAUUUGGCUUCUUACUUGAAGGAUGCAGAUUUGUCACAUCUGAAGAUCUGCGUGACCAAUGCAGAGGCCAGUUGACCUUGGACCCCUAGUGUGUUUUUUCUCCUUGGGAGUUUUUGGUUCCUUUCCUCCAUUGUUGUCUGGCUUUCUUUCUUUAAUUUCUUUCCUUCCUUUUCCCCGCUCUGUGUUACUCUCUCUAAUGAUGUUUAAUGUAUCACAACAUAUCACAACAUAUCAUGCCUAUAUAAAAAGGCACUAUAUAAAAAUGAAUUGAAUAUUUAAAAAAUAUAUAUUUUUCUAAAAAUAUAAACUAAACAAUGUGAGCAGUGCUGGGGCAUUUAUGUGCACGUACAUUUUAUGCAAGAAAUUAAGAUGAUCUUUUACACAGAUAAUAUUUCUUUGUCAUUUAUAAAGCCAAUAUCACUCGCCCACCAGAGCAGUACGGUAUCAGAUUUUACAGUGAUUUUAGUGAAAUUCAGUCUGUACUACAAUUGACUAUACUUAUCCAUUAAAAAGGGAACAUUCAAAACA